GUGGAAAUAGGAGGAUCAUGAGUACAAGGUCAAUCUCAGCUACUCAGAAAGUUCAAGGUCAACCUGGACUGCAUGAGCCCCUGAAUCAAAAAAUAAAAGCCCCAGGAAGUCUGUCCUCCCCUGCUCCAGCUCCAGGCACCGACACUGGGGAUACAAGUCAUGGUCUUUGAUGCGUGCGUUAGGGAACGAGAAGAAAAGGAGGGGCAGAACUUCCAGAAAUAGGAGGUUUGCAUUUCUGAGCAGGAGAAAAUGCAGCUUUGAGGCAGAGACAGCUGCUGGGCUGGGGCAGCGGGGGACAUGUGCUCCGCCGGAUACUGAUGUCCUGAGUUGCCUGCAUCCUUGAUGAGCUGUGUGAUGUCGGUCCCCAGCUUCAUGCCCGUCUUGUCUGUCACUGUCUCAGCUGUCCCCACAGCCUAUCAUUUCAGACCUCCGGAAGCAGCUGCCCCUGCACGAGGAACCGUGUGAGGGCUGCACCCCCUUCUCUGCUCUUUCACCUGGUCUUGGGGACAGCUCCACCCAUGCUAGAAAGUGUGACCAUGUGUGAGUCAGGGGUGUGGAGCUGGCUGACGCCAGAGGCACAGGAAGGCGUUACCACAGUUCAUGAACUUCAGAAGACCAGUGAAUCUUCCACAUCGGCUCAUUUACCAUCCCUCGCUCCGGGCCUUAUUCAUAGGACUCCCUCUGGCCAUGCUGAUCUGAACUCAGGACAACAACUUCCAGACCUCCCUAAGUCUGUGGCAACCCCAAAACCCAAAAGACACUGCAACACCACACACCGUGCCAAACCAGUACACAGUGUAGACAAUUCCAAAGCCACUGUUCAUAAUGAAAUGACUCCCGCUACUGAAUGGAACACCAGCAGUCAAAGAAAUGACCCAAUGAUCCGGAAUGGACGUGCAGCCGAUGAUGCUAACGCCACUGAUAGAAGCCAUCCCACUUCAGCACCCAGGGGCAAAACAACUUGUAAGUCCACAACAGGAAAAACCAGAGUAACCCGGAAUUCAGCUACAGCUGACAGACCUAUGGAGAGUACCGUAACCAUGUUAGGGACCUCCUCACCUAAGGCCACAGUUCCUUCCCAUGACUCAGAGAUCAACAGAAAAAACACCUCUUCCUCAGUGAAACCCACAGACGCCCCAAGGACAACCUAUCAACCUUCGAGGACCCCAGCAACAUCAAAAGGAACUGAAGAUUACAGGACUCCAUUUUCCUCAGAGGAGCCCCUCCAUCAAACUACAAAACAAGUCAAAGAGACCCCAUCAGCCGGCGAGUAUGAAGGGACUGUAUCUACCCAUGAGGGGACCACAAGAGCCCACCCGAUGUCUACAGAGUCGGAGGGAGAGACCACAUUGGCCAACGAAAAGAUGACACAGGUCUCAGAAAAGUCUACAGAGCACCCAGAAGAGACCACAGCACACACGGAGAAUGCCACCAGAGUCUCACAAACUCCCACAGUAUUCCAGAGGAAAACCACACUAGGCACCAAAACCACAAAAUCCACAGAAAAGCCAGAGAAAACAGGAGCAGACUUGAAGACCAUGAGCCCUCCAGUCAAGGUCACGGGAGGCAAGCGGACAACCUGUCAUUUAAACAAAACCAAGACUACACGCAGAGGGCCCACUGGCUCUUUGACAUCUAGAAUGGAUCUGAGGUCCAACACAUCAGGAGCCCCAGGUGACACGAGCCACACCCAGCAGAACACCCACAGCCCACAUGGAGGCCUCCUUGCUUCGGGGGUGAUAGGGGAGAGCAAUUCCUUCCCUGCAUGGGCCAUAGUUAUUGUGGUCCUGGUGGCUGUGAUCCUGCUGCUGAUCUUCAUUGGCCUGAUAUUUUUGGUGUCCUGUGCAUCUCGAUCUCGGCGUGCAAUCGCCCACAACGACAACGACCCAGAGGACAACGACCCAGAGGACCGCGGGGGCCGCAAUUCCUACCCCGUCUACCUGAUGGAGCAGCAGAAUAAGAACCUGAACCAGACGCCUUAUCCUCGAUGAUCUUCGACCUCCGCCCGCUGCUCUUCCAGGCUCUUCCCCCUUCCUGGGAGCCGAACUAGACUUAAAAUUCUGAUUCCCAGACUCAGGCCAGUGAAAACCGACAGACAGCAGCCGUAACCCUCCGUCAGAGGUGUGUGUUCUUAACUGACCCGUGGGGCAUGAGGCGGUAAGGACAAACGAUGCAUGUUUUGAGGAAAGAGAAGAAAGAAUGGAUGAGGCAAGUGUUCUCUGUAGAAAGAGAUGUGAGUAAGGUGUGUGAAGGACACGGCGGGACCGCACAGGUCACUGAGUCCGGAGAGGAGUGGGGCUGAGCGGGAGCUGCAGGAGCCUCCGAAGGCAACGUCGCAGAGUGGAUUGUGAGCCUGGGGUCCUGCAGGCCCGGAGGAAGGAGGCAGAGUGCCCAGGUUUUAAGACUGAGUCAUAUUGUUCCACCCACCGUCACUUAAGGGUUUGCAUCGUGCAUCUCACUUCUGAACUCCGAGGGUACUUGAUCUUUUUUUAAUUAAAAAAAAA